AUGGUGAAAAACGGUUUUCACGUUAAACCAGAAUCCAUAUGGAAUAUGGAUGAAACUGUUCUACAACUUGACGUAAAACCAAGAAAAUUGGUUGCACGAAAAGACACAAAAAACCUCCAUAGUCGAACGAGUGGAAAUCGUGAGUUAAUCACUGUUAUUGCAUGUGUGAAUGCACAGGGCAAGUUCAUUCCACCCCAGGUUAUAGUAAAGGGAAAGACAUCCAGGUCUUUAUGGGGUUUAAACACUGAGCUCGCGCCUCCGGGAACAAAUUGGAGCUGGUCCGGUAGUGGCGAGACUAAACAGGGUCUAGCAAAACUAUGGUUUACCAAAACAUUUUUAGAAAACAUUGGUCCACAACAUCCUCACAACUUUAUUGAGCUAAUUAAUAUUGCUAUCCAGAACCAGUUACAUAUAGUUGAAAUGCCUUCACACACAUCAAACUGGCUUCAAUCAUGUGACCGCACCUUAUUCAAGCCACUGAAGGAUUAUUAUUGCUCUACAGUACAAGAUCUGAUGGGUCAGUUUCCAGGAAUUAUUACUUGUUUUUCAAAUUUUGCAAGGAUAUUUGCUUCAGCUUGGCAAAAAGCAAUGGCUUCUAACAACAUUACAUCUGGGUUCAAGUCGUGUUGA